AUGUCUUCAGUUACGCCGCCUUCAUAUCGUCAAGUUCCCCAGUUGGAUCCUGGUGAUCCGGGGUUUCUGACCCCUGAUGCUACUGUCGCUAUACCUAGUAGUACUAGUAAUGACCAUGCUGUUGCUCGAAAGGCCGCUUUCCGGAUAUACUGGCUCACUGCUGUGCUUUGCUGUGGUGGGGCAUUAUUCGGAUAUGACUCUGGAGUCAUUGGCGGCGUCCUCACAUUUGAUUCUUUCCAAAAUGACUUGAACUUCACAAGCGACGAUAAAACUCGCGUCAGCUCUAUAGCAGUGGGUAUCCAGCAAGCCGGUGCCCUCAUCGGUUGCUUUGCCGUAUGGCCAUUGACAAACCGCGGCGGACGACGAUUAGCCAUGAUGGUGUGCUCGGGGAUUUUCUGUGCAGGCGUGGUACUUGAAACGAUUCGUUCAGGGACGUUGAUGACGUUUUAUAUGGGUCGUACGAUCUGCGGACUUGGGAUCGGGGGCUCUGCGACUAUUAUCCCUAUUUACCUAGGUGAGAUGAGUCCGAAGGAGAUCCGGGCGAGACUCGGGAGUUGCUACCAAUUCACCUUUACUAUUGGGAUAUUAAUUUCGUAUUGGGUGGAUUAUGCUGUCGCCAAGUUGCUGCCGUCGUCCUCGUCAAAACAAUGGCAGAUUCCUAUGGCUCUGCAGCUCGUCCCUGGGGCCUUGAUGGGCCUGGGAAUGCUAACCCUGCAUGAAAGCGUCCGUUGGCUUUUAUUCCACAACGCCAAUAAUCACACGCAAAAUAAAGUUCUGGAGGAGCAAGCUUGGGCUAGCCUCGCCUGGGUCCGUGGUGGAGGCACGGACGAAGUCCACGCCGAAUUCAAUACUAUCAAAACCGGUGUCGAAACCGAACUGCAGACCCGCGCCGACUUCCACCUUUCAGAACUUAUCACCCAUAAACCAAACCUCCACCGUCUAUUUCUGGGAUUCACCAUCUUCCUCGCCCAGCAGUCCACCGGCGCCACGGCUCUUGCCUAUUUUGGCCCGCAGUUUUUUGCCAUGCUCGUUGGUCCAGGAGACAAGAAUCUUUUACUAACCGGCGUGUUUGGUGGUGUGAAAGCUGUUGCUUGCUUCGUGUUUGUGGUUUUCAUCGCGGAGAGAUUCGGACGUAAACCUUGUCUUAUUUACGGCGCGCUGGUCAUGUCUGUUUGUAUGGUCAUUACCGCGUUCGUUGUUAAGGCGCAUCCGCCACCAGAACCACUUUCGCCUUCGUCGACAUCAUCCGAUGAGGGGGGGAUACCAACAGCUGGUCUCAUAACAGUCCUUCUCAUUUAUCUCAACAUUAUUGCGUUCAACCUCUCCUGGGGCCCGCUUCCUUGGCCCUGCAUAUCGGAGAUCUUCCCCACCCGCAUCCGUGAGCCGGGUGUCGCCUUCGGUGUCGCCUCCCAGUGGCUCUUCAAUUUUCUCUGGUCCUCUACUACGCCGUACAUCAUGGCGGGUAUCGGAUGGGCCACGUUCCUGCUCUUUGGCAUAUUGGAUCUGCUGUUUGCUGGAUUCGUUAUCGGCUUUCUCAUGGAGACCAAGGGGAAGUCGUUGGAGGAGAUUACGGCGCUAUUUGAUGGACCGUCGUAUCUUCUAUUGGGCGAAGAAGAUGAUGGCUUCAAGAGAUCAGAUCGAGAGGAGCAGGUUCCUCUACGGUCAUAG